GAAGUGAAUUCUCCAGAGCGAAUUUCAAAGGCAUCAAGUCUGAGAAACUUGCAAAAACCCCCGAGCAAGAAGCAGUGGAAAAGUUGCCGGAGCAAAGCCUUUCCAAGAUGAGGAAUAUUUGCGCAAUGACACGCACGCAUAGGAGGAAGUUUUUGGGAAUAUCUUCGUGAAAGUUUCUCCUCUUUUUUUUUGCGCAUCAAGGACAUUAAAAGUCGCCGUGUCCGAGGCAGGGGAGAUAAGAUUGUAUCAGCGUCCCUGUAUCCUGCCGGAGGGCGAUGGGGGCCGCGCCGGGCUCGGGCUGGGAGGAGGGCGAGUUCGAGUUCAAGCUGGUGUUUGAGGAGGAUCCGCCGCCGCGCCAGAGCCAGGGGCCGUCCCCGGUGCGCACAACCGAGCCGGAGAGCUCCGUGGCCAGGGAGGAAAGCGAGGGCGCCCUGCUGCACCUGGAUUCCAGCAGCCUGGUUACAGACAACCACCUGGCUGCCACUCAUGCAGGACACUCCAUCAGCAUCCCGAGCCCGCCUCCUUCGUCCAAUCAGAGGGCAGGGAUGCAUUCCCCGCCUCCUCGAAGGGCUCCAAUCAGAGAGUUUAGUGGAACCUACGAGAGUCUGCCGGCGCGCUCCGUACAGGUUUCAGAGUCUCGCGUGGUCGAGUGUCCCAGCAUCCAGAUCACCACCAUCUCGCCUGAGGACGAGUCGGCGCCCACCAUCUCUAGCUACUGGGACAUGAGCAGCAGCGGCGGGUGGGACAGGGAGCGCCUCUACCUCCCCCUGCUGGACCCCUUUUCUUACCGGGACAGAUGCCCCGGCUCGCUCAGCCCCAGCCCCGCCUCCAGCCCCUCCUCCCGGGGUUGGCUCAGCCCCGCCUCCAGCUGCGACUCCCUGCUGGUUGAGGAGGAGGAGCUCAACGAGGCCGCCAUCAAUUUCGGGCUUUCGCCAUCGUCCAGGCCGACUUCCCCCGGUGGUAAGAAGCGUAGAAACUCCCCGCUGGCCUCUCCUUGUACUUCGCGGAGAGGCAGCUACUCGGAGGAGCUGCAGGGCUGCAACCUGGAGGGAGGAGAGUCCAGCCCUCAGUCCCAAGCUCCGCCCAGCAGCUGUGAGCUCAGCAUCCCGCAGAAAACCAGGAAGACGUCAUUAGAGCAGUUGUCUCCCAGGGAGGUGGAUCAGGAGCAGGCUCCAGGCCAGCUGCCAGAGACCCAGCAACCCAGGAGGGAGCCCCCCUCGCUGGGCAUGGACUACCUCUCUGUGCCCCCUGCUCUGGCCUGGGGAAGAACCAGAGCCAGCGCCCACAGCCCUCUGUUCAGGUCCAACGCGCUGCCGCCGCUCGACUGGCCGCUGCCGUCCCAGUUUGACCAGUACGAGCUGCGUAUCGAGGUGCAGCCCCGUCCACACCACAGAGCCCACUAUGAGACGGAGGGCAGCAGGGGAGCCGUGAAAGCUGCACCGACCGGACAUCCUGUAGUCAAGCUGUGUGGAUACACCGAGAGGAAGCCGCUGUCGCUUCAGGUUUUCGUUGGAACGGCUGACGACCGAUCGAUCAGACCGCAUCCCUUCUAUCAGAUACACAGGGUGACGGGGAAGAUGGUCGGCACGGCCAGCCACGAGAGCGUCCAGGCGGGAACCAAACUGCUCGACAUCCCCCUGAACCCUGAGAACAACAUGACGGCCCUCAUCGACUGUGCCGGGAUUCUGAAACUGAGGAACUCGGACAUCGAGCUGAGGAAGGGAGAAACGGACGUCGGGAGGAAAAACACUCGUGUCCGUCUGGUGUUUCGGACUCACCUCCCUCUGGCGCCCCCUGUAGGUCCUCCUGGACGGGUCUUGGCCCUGCAGGUCGCCUCUCUGCCCAUCGAAUGCUCCCAGCGUUCGGCUCAGGAGCUGCCCGUCAUCGAGUCCGUCAGUCUCACGUCCUGCUCUGUAGAAGGAGGCGAGGAGCUUCUGCUGAGCGGCACCAACUUUUUACCGAUCUCCAGAGUUCUUUUCAUGGAGAGAGGGACAGAUGGUAAACUGCAGUGGGAGGAGGAGGCUCACGUCGACCGCGACAACAGCAACGAGUGUCUGCUGUGCGUGAGGGUUCCAGCCUACAGCGACCUGUCCGUCAGCCGGCCCGUGUCCGUCAGUCUCUAUGUUUCUAACGGGAAGAGGAAACGCAGCAGCACUCACUGCUUCAAGUAUCUACCUGUGAUGUUCAAAGAGGAGGACCCCCUGCUGUCCAGGCCCUCGGUGGUGCCUCUGGAUGGGGGGACGGUUUGUCCGUCGGGAGGUCCGCCCAGGAUGGACCGGGGUUACCAUGACGACCGAGGCCUGGGCUUCCACCUGCCCCCCUACCCCUCCACCUACUCCCCUCCCUGCCCGGCCAUGAGCUACCACGAGGAGUUCUGCUCCAAACCCGACGCUGCCGUGGAGGAGCCCGGCGGGUCCAGGGCCGCCCUGUCCGAGCGUCACCCCAGCUUUGAGAACCUGGAGCUGGGCUUCACCGAGCUCCUCCCCCCCUUGUACCCCCGCGGCCCUCAGCCUCCGUCCCCCUCCCCGUCCCCCUGGCUGGACUCGCCCUACCUCUCCUCCUCGCCCUCGCCCUCCCACUCCUCCUCUCUCAGCCCCUUCCCUGCUGGGAGUCCCAUCUCCACCUCCCCACUGCCUCCCAUCCCCACCUCCCCUUACCCGCAGUACUCUGCCUACCCUCCGGAGGUGUGUCCCUCCCCUCCGUCCAACCCCAGCCCCUAUCAGGACAUCUGCCCUGCACCCUACUCCCACUACGAGGGCUGGGACCCCCAGGGGAGGGUGCUGGGGACGGGACAUGGGGGAGAGAGGGACGCCAAGAUCCAGGAGUGCCCUCUGGAGUUUACCACCUCUGCCUCUAUGCACCACAUUACCUUUGAAGAGGUUUCAGAGUUCAUCGGGGAGGACAUCCAGUCAUACCAGUCAGGCUCACAGAUGGACAACCAGCCCAACUGAACCGCUCGAGGCCCCCGGUUGACACCCAGCAUCAUUUUAAUUUCCUUAUGCACUUGGUAUUAAGAUAUGCCGCUGCAGCAGUUACAUGUAAUAUUGACAGGGGGACUCUGGUUACAAGGACACUGUUUUAAUUAUGACAACAGGUAACUGUUUUAUAAAGGGAAACUAAUGUUUUUAACAUGUUUUCAAUAUAAAUUAUACAAGAAACUG